AUUAACUUUUCAUAGCUUGAAAGAUAUCUUCUUUUGUGCACUUCCUGUUUAAUAACCAACUUGAAACUGAUCUCCCGUUAAUAGGCAAAAUCACCGAGCCCUAAACUCACCGAACCAGAACUCUUCAAUUAACCCAAACAAACGAAACCUUCGUAAUUAUUUAAGAGGCUUAGGGUUUUCUUUUUUUAAUUCGACUACCACAACAAAUCAGAUUAAUACUGUUAAGCCCAUUAGCCAGAGAUCACCUAUAAAUUGGCCGGCUCAUCAGUGUAACGGUUUUGGUGUCAGAAAUGGGAUUUCUACCUCUCGCCUUGUUAAUUACUUUACAAGGGAUCGCCGUUUCACAAGCCGGCAAAGUCUGUUACUCUUCGUACGGCUGCUUCACGGAUGACCCCCCUUUCGAUCGCACCCUCGUGCCUCUGCCCCAGUCCCCAAGAGAUAUCGGCACCAGACUCCUCCUGUACACACAGGCCUCACCUGACAAGUACGAAGUGCUGAGUGAUGCGGAUACGGCAACGAUAGAGAAGUCCUCAUUUCUCCCACACCGUACGACGCGCUUCAUUGUUCACGGCUACGCAGGCUUGGAUUCCGUGGAUUCAAUAAUCGACCUAAAGGGAUGGUGGGGUAUUCGUAUGAAGGAUGAGCUACUGCGCAAGUCAGAUGACAACGUGAUCAUAGUGGAUUGGAUACGAGGGGCUAAGAUCCCGUAUGUGAGGGCGGUGGCCAACACGCGGUUGGUUGGUGCCCAGGUCGCCGCGUUCAUGAAGACGAUUCUGUCCCUGUCUGGGUCUAGAGAAGGCGGUGCAUUCCACUCGAUUGGGUUUAGUCUUGGAGCGCAUAUUAGCGGUUAUGUUGGACAGAGACUUAAGAGAAUCGGACGUCACCUUGAUAGAAUAACAGGUCUGGACCCGGCCACCUUGAUGUUCAAGGGCGAGGCCCCUGAUGUGAGGCUGGACCGUCUGGAUGCUCAGUUCGUGGAUGUGAUUCACACAAGCUACGUCUUUGGGAUUACCGCACCACAUGGCCACAUGGACUUUUACCCGAAUGGAGGGACUUCACAACGUGGCUGCAGCCUAUGGGAUGGCAUGGAAGGGGUGGUCUGUCAUCAUAUACGUGCCGCUGAGUACUUCAUUGAGACAAUCAACCCAAAGUCUUGCCCUUGGAGAAGCUAUCGUUGCGGAUCUAAGGAUGAAUUUGACCGAGGGAAGUGCAUGAGCUGUGCAUCUGGAUGUCCGUCAAUGGGAUACAAAGCAGACAAGUUUAAACAUCUGAUCCCUGGGAUGUUCUACCUUGACACAGCAGGGAGAUCCCCAUUUUGUGUGUUCCAUUAUCGUAUAACAUUCUAUACUGAUGACUCAUACUGGCCAGCAAGUCUUGAUGCCCAUGCAUAUGUAAAACUUGGCGGAGACCUUGGGUCAACAGGAGAGAUCAAACUUAUUGAGAGAAAGUUAGAAGAGAAUAGUGUUGAGUCAUUUGUUGCAAGGGCAUCAAUAUACCUGGGCAAACUCCAGCAUGUCACCAUCUAUCACAAGCACCUGGCAGAGUUCUGGAAAGUAAAAAAGGUUGUUGUGAGGGCUGGAUGGUCAAAUGACAUAUACACUGCAUGCUUCAAUGAGUGGAUUCACUACAAAAACCACACCCAGAAGGCGCUGACGAGAGGGUACAGAUCCUGCUAGAAAUAACAGCAUUCACAAAGGAGAAAUAGAUAACUCAUCCUACUUUAAAAUAGAACAAUGUCGAUAACCAAACAUGAAUAAAUUCACCAUCUUUCUCA